UAUAAAACCUGACAAAUUGAGAGGAGGAGGCGGCGGCGAUCAAUUUCAGAUCGGAUUCGGAUUCCAUGGCGUCGCCCGCGACGUCCUCCGCCUCCGCGCCGGCGAGCCACCAACUGCGCCUCUGGUGGCGCCGCCGCGGCCGUGGCGGCGCCGUCGGGGCCACCUUCUCCGUCGCGCUCCUCGCCGCCGCGCUGCUCCUCGCGCUCUCCUACUACGCCUCCUCCCCGCCUACCGCCUCCUCCUCCGCCCUCGUUGGCCUCACCCUCGUCCGCCGCGCCAAGGAGAAGGGCGCCGUGUGCUUGGAUGGGAGCCCGUCCGGGUACCAUCUGCAGAGAGGCUCCGGCACUGGAUCUCGGAGCUGGCUCCUCCACUUGGAGGGUGGAGGUUGGUGUCGGAAUUUGAGGUCCUGUGCUUCACGUCAGAAAUCGGUGUUGGGAUCAUCGCGGUACAUGGAACACCAAAUUGAGUUUGCUGGGAUCUUGAGUAAUGACAGAUUUCAGAACCCAGAUUUUUAUAACUGGAAUAGAGUUAAGAUAAGGUAUUGUGAUGGUGCAUCAUUUUCUGGAGACGUCAAGGAUGAACUGCAGAAUGGCACAAAAUUCUUUUUCAGGGGCCAGCGUAUCUGGGAAGCAGUAAUGGGCGAACUUCUGCUAAAGGGACUCAGCCAUGCUAAGCAGGCUUUUCUAACAGGAUGCUCUGCUGGUGGGCUAGCCACUUUCAUUCACUGUGAUAAUUUCCGUGCACUGCUACCAAGGGAUUCUAGGGUUAAAUGUCUUGCGGAUGGUGGCUUUUUCCUUGAUGUAGAGGACAUUUCCAGGAAAAGGACCUUGCGGGCAUUCUACAGUGAUGUUGUCCGUCUUCAGGAUCUGGGGGGAAAAUUUUCACAUUGCAGUCAAAACAUGGAUCUUGGCCAGUGUUUCUUUCCUAGUGAAGUUGUAAAGGAUAUCAUCACCCCAGUAUUUGUUCUUAAUACAGCAUAUGAUGCCUGGCAGGUGCAACAUGUGUUGGCUCCAGAAGCAUCUGAUCCACAACAUUCAUGGCUAGAAUGCAAGCUGGAUAUCAGAAAGUGUGAUUCUGAUCAACUUGAAAUUCUCCAAGGUUUAAGGAAAGAAUUGCAUGAUGCUAUAAGCGAACUUAAGCACAAAAGGAACUGGGGAUUUUUUAUUGACUCAUGCUUUGUACACUGUCAGUCAUUGAACUCGUUGACCUGGCAUUCUCCAUCUUCUCCUAGAGUCAACAACAAGACCAUUGCAGAUGCGGUUGGAGAUUGGUUCUUUGACAGGAGAGAGGUGAAAGAAAUAGAUUGUGAAUAUCCCUGCAAUCCAACUUGCCACAACUUGGUUUUUUCCAGGCCUUUCAAGGGACGAUGAAGUUCUAAACAGGUUUCUCCUUUUGCCAUGAUAUUGUAAAACCAGGAAAUUAUAUAUGAAUCAUCAGUCAUCAUGUAAUCUUCAGACUUGUUCGGGUUUUUGGCACCCAACAUCAUACCUUACUCUAGAAGCGAACUGUGAGAUAGUUAGACUGCCUGAGUUUGGGCGCAAUUAUGUAAGCAUGGAAUUACAGUGUAUUUGAAAGCAGAAUCCUAUGUACUGUACAACUUGUUUUCUAUAAAAAAAUGAAGUGUAUUCUUAUACUGUUAUGGAAUUUCUUAAGCAUAUAUGGUCAAUCUACCAUAC